AUGGUAUUAAUUAAUCCUUAUACAAACAAGGAGAGAGUUAAUAUACAUUUAUCAAUAUCACCAUGGUUGAAUGAUAAACCACAGGUAUUGGUAUUACUACCUCUUACUCUUGUAGGUGAUAUAGUAAUCUAUUAUAAACAAACAGGAAAGAAUGUUAGAAUUCGUGAUCUACCAAACUAUGCUCUAUUUAAAACAUUGGAAACCUAUCAAAAACAACGUAGUAACAAUAAUAAUAAUAAUACAACAUCAUCUAUUCCUAUAGUCAAUAAUAAUAGUAGUAAUAAUAAUAAUGAAACACAUUAUAAGAAAAAGAGAUUCAUGUUAUCAAAUGAUCAAUUAUUGGCAACAUAUAAUAUUGAAAAUGAUUGUUAUUUAGAGUUACUUCAGAUCAAUAGUGAUUUGGCAUCAUAUCCAAGAUGGUAUUAUAAAUCAAUUGUACCAUCUAAUCAAUUAGAACCUUUAUUACAAGAAAAAUUAUCUUUUUCUGGAACACAAAAGACAAACAACAAAAGAAGUAGUAUGACUACUAGUCCAUUAUUGGUUCAAUUGGAACAACAACCACAACAACCAUUACUACCACAACAACAAUCGCAACAACAACAACAACAAACAACAACAAGUAGAAGAAAACUAUCUCAACCAUGGCAAUUUGCAUCACCAGUGAAUGGAUCAGCAUUUGGAAGAAGAGUAUAUGAAGCUGUACAAAAGAUUGAAUAUCAAAUACCAUCGAUUCAUUCACGUCUAGAGAGUUUUGUACCAGAGGACAAGUGGAAUGUUCACAUUACAUCAUCUGAUGAUCUAUUCCUCAAACGAUUGCAAAUGGAGGAUAGUAUUGGAUCAGAGUUGACCAAACAAGAGUAUAUAGAGUUUUCAUUACGUUUUGAGAAUCGAACAUCGUUGGUACUAGGUGCUGAACACUCGAUUCUCAUUUGGAUCGAUCCCAUCCAAUCAUUUUUUACAUUGUCAUUCUCUAGUAAUACAACUGUACACGAUGCCAUCUUUUUCAUUGUCCAAUACAUCUAUCCAACCACUAAAAGGGUGAUCCACACAUCAACCUAUUCUCCCAAAUCUGCCACUUCCUCACCCUCUUCCUUUCCACUUUCUUUAUCACCACAAUUGUCUCCUGUUGGUAGUACAACUAGUAGUAGUGGUGGUGAUGGUAGUGUGGGUAGUACAUCACCAGCAUGGGGUAGUCCACCAGUACUAUCUCAAAUACCAUCACCAACAGACUCUGUUGUAGAGUUUGAAACCUUUGUAAAUAUGGCAAAACCAAGCAAGAGUAGAAACCUAGACAAUUCAAUUUCUCGUGAACAUUUAUUUAAACAACACAAGAAUAACAAGAAUAAUAAUAAUAAUAAUAAUAAUAAUACAACAUCUCAAAUGCCUCUACUUCCUUCUUCUUCUUUGGCACCAACCAUUUCAGUUUCAAAUGAUGGUGAAUUUGAAUCAAAUGGUCCAUUUGUAGAUGAUGAUGAAGGAUAUAAUUUAACUGUACUCUUUCCAACUCAUCAGACUUAUAGACAAUUCCAUUUUAAUCCCUAUCAAACGGUAAAUGAAACUAUCCAAUCAAUUAUCAUGGCAACAACAGCCAACAUUACUUCUCCGAUUACACCAGCACCCAAUUCCAUAGCCAUUUUACCAACUUCUGCUAGCAGUGAAUCUAUUAGUACAUUGUCACCACCCAUCUCUCCAUCAUUACAACAACCAAAUCGAUCACCAAUUGGUUCAAGAAAUAAUAGUCAUCAACAAUUACUACAAAUACAACAACAACAACAACAACAACCAACACCACCAACAUUGAAUGGUUCAAAUAAUAGUGUAAAUGGAUCUUUGGGUCAGAGUUCAAAUGAUAUAGUAUUUGAUAAAUAUCAUACAAUAUUUAAUUCAUCAGAUGAAACGUUGGGAUAUUGUUUAUUCUUUCAAAAGAAUGGAUCGGGAGUUUGGAUGGAAGGUUCUAGAAACCUCAUAUCUUACAAUUUGCCAAACGAGGCAGUUGUAGAGUUUAAGCCACCACCAUCCAUUUGCAAAAUGGCACUUGUAGAGGGUAUCCAAAAUACCAUAAAGCUAUCUUGUAAUCUACAAACAUAUCAAAUCAUCUAUGGUCGAUACACUGCAAUCUCGGAUCUACGUGAAAUCAUCAUUAGAAAUUGUUCAACCACCUCUUCUUCUGAAAAGGAAUUGGAACAUUUUGAUUUAUUUUUAGUUAAAGAAACUGGUUCUCAAUGUUUAAAUGAUAUUGAUAGUUUUGAUCAAUUAGAUAUUAAUCCAAUUUCUGAUUUUAUUGAAUUUAAAGCAUCAUCAACAAUAUUAUCAAGCGCAUAUAGUAAUGCAAUGAUGCAAUUAGCAUUUAUUGCAAUUAAAGAUCCAACUUUGGUUCCAGGUGAAACUAUUAUUCAUAAAAGAGAUGGUGAAAGAAUUUCAACUGUUGCAAAUCAAUCUAAAAAGGGCAGCCUAUUUUUAACAAACUUUAGAUUAAUUUUUAUUGGUACAAAUAGAUCUUCUUAUGAUGAUUUUGGUACAAAAGAUGAUUGUGAUAUACCAAUUACAACUAUAUCAAAACUUAAAGUAUCAAAUAAUCAAACAGAAGUAUUUUGUAAAGACUUUAGAUUUGUUAGUUUCCAAACUGGUGAUUUAUAUAUUUGGGAACAAUUGAAAAGUUUUAUGGAGAUUUCAGAUAUUACCAAAACUUUUGCUUUUACCAAUGCUCAAACAUUUGAUUCUUCUUUGGAUACAAUUUAUAAUUUAGAAGAUGAAUUUAUUAGAUUACAAUUCCCAUUGGAUAAAUGGAGAAUUACAUAUAUUAAUCAAGAUUAUUCAUUAUGUCCAACCUAUCCAUCAUUGUUUAUCGUUCCAUCGACAGUGAGCGAAGAGGAUUUGAAAAAGAUUGCAACUUUUAGAGAAAAGGGACGUGUUCCAGCCAUCUGUUGGAUCCAUGGUAAUCACAAUAGCACCAUUACAAGAUGUAGUCAGCCACGUGUCGGUAUAUUCAAGAGUAAAUGCAAUGAGGAUGAAGAGUAUCUCAGUUUUAUUACGCAAGCCAAUUCAAACAGUUCGAUUCUCUAUGUCAUGGAUUCGCGUCCCAUGGCAAACGCAAAGGCAAACACAUUGAUGGGCAAGGGUCACGAAGACACUAGUCUCUAUCAAAAUGUAGAACUUCAGUUCCUUGGUAUUGGCAACAUUCACGUUAUGAGAGAUGCCUAUAAAAAGCUGACCAAUAUAGUCCUAAACAAUAUGGAUUCAGCCAACUGGCUCUCUAUGAUUGACAAUACACAAUGGCUAGAGCAUAUCUUCCAGUUGAUAAACUCUGCCAACAUGGUGGUCGAGUUGGUCGACAAAAAGGGUUCGUCUGUCCUAACCCAUUGCUCUGACGGUUGGGAUCGUACCAGUCAACUCGUCGCACUCUCUCAACUACUGCUCGACCCCUACUAUAGAACCUAUCGUGGAUUCCAAAUCCUCAUUGAAAAGGAAUGGCUCAGCUUUGGACAUCAAUUUACCCAUCGUUGUGGUCACGUCUCUCAUGCUGGUGGUGAUGAAGAAACAUCUCCCAUCUUUUUAAUGUUUAUAGAUUCAGUAUGGCAAUUAAUUAAUUUAUUCCCUACUACCUUUCAAUUUAAUGAAAGAUUUUUAAUUGAAGUAUUAGAAAAUGUUUAUAAUUGUAAAUAUGGUACGUUUUUAUUUAAUAAUCAAAGAGAAAAGUUGGCUUAUACCAAAAAGAAUGGAGGUAUGGUUUCACUUUGGUCGGCACUCAAUUCUCAAUCAGAGCUUUACAUCAACUAUUUUUAUAUUAUGAAUCCCAAGCCAAUCUACCACAACUUCCUCAUAUCAGACAUACAAUUUUGGAGUAACUACUAUCUCAGAUGGCGCGAGAAUUAUAAACCCAAACUAGUCAUUGAUUCGGCCACCGUCAAGGAAGUAGAAAAUAAUCAUUUCAAAGAUUUAUCAGUAGUUGAUAAAUCAAAAAAAAUUAGAUAA